UCUGUGUCGUGUCUGUGAAGGCUGCGUGGCCGUGUGAAGUCUUGCAGAGGUUCGAGACUUGAUGAGUGACAAGUUACGAUGGCGAGUGGCGUCUCUGUGUCUUCUCCUCCUCCCCUUUCUUCACCACAGCAACGGCAUUAUUUGGCGGUCGCGGAACUAAACUUUCUACCAGCAGCAUUUUAACUACACCAACAACAUUACGGCGUUUGCGUUUUUUACUGGAUAACCAAGGACAUUCUCGCGUUACCAUAGCGACUUUGGCCUUUUACUGUCGAGUAGGGAAAACUAUCUAGCUUGCAGCCUCUCCCCGGACUACACGGCGUGGGCUGGCGGUGUAAACACGGAUGUAAACCGCGGCUCCCGCUGACAGCACGUAAUGAGCUGCUUCACCAUGUUGUUGCGCUUGUCUCUCCCCGCAGCGUACCUCCUAGAGCCCGCCUUCUCUUCCAGUAAUGCACGGGCCGUCUUCAAGGCUCUCAACUUCCUGUUACAUUCAACAUUUUGAUGACUUUUCCUCCCUAUGCGAAAUAUUUCAAAUUGUUAAUCGCUAUGGCAACAGUCUUAAUUUGUCAUAAUUCUAAAACGUAUAGACUGAUAGUGGCGGUAAACCAAGCACAGACACCGACGUUUUGUUAAAUUUUUGGAUGCCACCUUCACCAGCAGCUACCAUCAUGCCACCCCUUCUUCACCAUUCACACCUCCUCAUCAUCACGUCGUGCUGAGGGGUAACACCACGCCGUAGCAGGCCCCUGACUAACUGACUGACGGAGGCCCUUGAACUUUUGAGUGUUUUAUAACGCUUCAGGUGCAUCAAGUCCAGAUACCAUCCAUGAAGUGUCCAGACUCAGACCCUCUCAGCGCCCAGUAGGAGUGUCGGAGUGCCCCCUCCCUACCUCCUCCUCUCGUCUGACCUCUGACUCUGCCCCCCUCCCACCGGCAACACCAUGCUCAUCAAGGAGUACCGCAUCCCCAUGCCCAUGAGUGUGGAGGAGUACCGUAUCGCUCAGCUCUACAUGAUCCAGAAGAAGAGCCGUGAGGAGAGCUGCGGUGAGGGCAGUGGGGUGGAGAUCCUGGAGAAUAAGCCCUACACAGAUGGACCGGGGGGCACGGGCCAGUACACUCACAAGGUCUACCACAUUGGCAUGCACAUCCCCAGCUGGUUCCGCUCCAUCCUGCCAAAAGCGGCAUUGCGGGUGGAGGAAGAGUCCUGGAACGCCUACCCCUACACACGCACCAGAUACACCUGUCCAUUUGUGGAGAAGUUUUCAAUCGACAUUGAAACAUACUACAAACCAGACACAGGAAACCAGGCCGACGUGUUCAACAUGUCUGCAACUGAGAAGAGACAGAGGAGUAUAGAUCCCAUUGACAUAGUCACAGACCCCAUUGCAGCUCAUGAGUACAAAGUGGAGGAGGACCCUCGGCUCUAUAAGUCUACUAAGACCCAGAGGGGCCCUCUGAGGGACGACUGGAUCGAAGAAUACAACAACAAUCCCGGGAAGACUCCCAUCAUGUGUGCCUACAAACUGUGUAAGGUGGAGUUCAGGUACUGGGGCAUGCAGUCCAAGAUCGAACGCUUCAUCCAUGAUGUGGGCCUGCGUAAGGUGAUGGUGCGUGCCCACCGGCAGGCUUGGUGCUGGCAGGAUGAGUGGUAUGGCCUGACCAUGGAAGACAUCCGGCAGCUGGAACUAGAGACACAGCUGGCCCUGGCCCGAAAGAUGGCCCAGUUCUGUCAGGCAGAAGAGGCCAUCGAGGCAAAUGGAGGAGCCACCUCUCCAGACAAGGAGCAGGAGGCCAAGGAGGCCAUCAGCAGCAUCGAGGCUGAGGAGGUGGUGGUCGGCUCUGGGGACACACUGCAACCCCGAGGGGUUCUGACCAAGCAGUGGUCCACCUCCUCCAGGUCAUCCCGUUCCUCCAAGAGAGGAGUGAGCCCAUCGCGUCACAGUCUGUCCGAGUGGCGCAUGCAGAGUAUUGCACGGGACUCGGACGACAGCUCAGACGAGGAGUUCUUUGACGCUCACGAGGACCUGUCUGACGGAGAGGAGGUCUUCCCAAAAGAGAUCACUAAAUGGAACUCCAAUGACCUGAUGGACAAGAUGGAGGCAGUGGAUACGGAGGAUGCUCCUGGUGAACUGUUCCAGGAGAUGUCUGUGGAUUAUGAGCGCACCAUCAGUGAAGAGAGGUUGGAUGAGGAGAGCUCAUCACAGCAGUGCCUCCAGCCUUCUAAGGUCCACGUACUGAUCCUGGUUCUCCACGGGGGGAACAUCCUGGACACGGGUGGGGGGGAGCAGAGCAGCAAACAGGCCGAUGUCAACACCAUCAGCACAGCCUUUGACGCUGUCAUGAGGGUCCACUACCCUGCUGCCCUGGGACGCAUUGCCAUCCGACUGGUGCCCUGUCCACCCAUCUGCGCCGAGGCCUUCAAUCUGGUUUCUAACCUGAGCCCUUAUAGUUACGAUGAGGGCUGUCUCUCCAGCAGUCAGGACCAUAUCCCUCUUGCCGCUCUGCCCCUCCUGGCCACCUCCUCCCCCUUGUACCAGGAUGCUGUGUCCACCGUCAUUGCUCGCGCCAACCAGGUCUACGGGGAAUUCCUCAAGUCUCUGGAUGGGGCUGCCUUCUCGGGACAGGUGUGUCUGAUCGGGGACUGUGUGGGGGGCAUCUUGGGAUUUGAUGCUCUGUGCAGUAGUAACCAAACUGUGAACGAGAGCCAGAACAGCAGCCGCAGAGGCAGUGUGGUUAGUGUGCAGGACCAGGACCUGCUGUCUCCAGGCAUCAUUGUAAACUGUGGCUCCUCAUCACCCACACUAGAGGGCAGCCGACACCUGAGCCGCAGUAACAUAGACAUCCCCCGCACCAGCACAGGCGAAGAGAAGAAGCCCCUGGCCCGUAAGAGGAGCGACUCCUCCACAUAUGAGCUGGACACCAUCAAGCAGCACCAGGCCUUCCUCUCCAGUCUCCACUCUAGUGUGCUGCGCAGUGAUGGUGUGUCGCGCCGCUCCAGCAGCAGCACCAUGCUGGACGGAGCUGCUCUGGGCAAGUUUGACUUUGAGGUCACAGACUUCUUUCUGUUCGGCUCUCCUCUGGGGCUCGUGCUGGCACUCCGGAAAACUGUCAUUCCCGUACUGGACGUGGCUCAGUUGCGUCCGGCCUGUCAGCAAGUGUAUAACCUGUUCCACCCAGCUGACCCAUCAGCCUCUCGCCUGGAGCCUCUACUGGAGAAGAAGUUCCACCUCCUGCCCCCAUUCAACGUGCCCCGCUACCAGCGCUUCCCUCUGGGAGACGGCAACUCCGCUCUGCUGGUGGAGACAGUGCAGAGCCAUGCCCCCCUGCUGCUGGACAGUGGACCCUCGCUGUCCCUGCGCUGUCCGGAGACCAUCAGCGAGACGUGCAUCCCAGUGCCCGUGCUCAGCUGGCAGGACGGCCUCCUCAAAGCCACGCCCACCACCCUGGAGUCAGACGUUGUUCAGUCUCAUGGUGGUGUCUUCAUGGACAGUUCGUACCCCUCGUCUCCCAUCACGGGGCCCCUGUCCCGGGGCCAGCGGAGGGCCAGUGAGGUCAGCAUUGCCAGCCAGGUCUCAGGAAUGGCAGACAGUUACACUGCCACCAACAUAGCCAACACCACAGAAACCAAAGUACCCAAGUCUAAAAGCUCCAGUCUGCUGUCCCAACUUGCCCUGACCUCCCAAAAGUCCUUCCGGCUGAAAAGCCCUCCUAAGUCCCGCAAGAAACCUGUCCAUAAUCCAGUUCCAGACCUGGAGCCAGAGCUGGACCAGGGGCUGGACGGGGAGAGUGCGCCUCCUGGUGAUGGUGAGGAGGAGAGCUGCCUGUCUGCUGGGCUGGAAUGUGCCAUAUUAGAUCUGGUGUCUCUGGACUCUCAGGCCGAAGUAGACCAAGUUGCAGCUCGCUGGUGGGGCACUAAGCGUCUGGACUUUGCCCUGUACUGCCCUGAUGCUCUGACGGCCUUCCCCACGGUGGCACUACCGCAUUUGUUCCAUGCCUCGUACUGGGAAUCCACCGACGUGGUGUCUUUCCUUCUCAGACAGGUGAUGAGGCACGAGAACUCCAGUAUCCUGGAGCUGGACGGGAAGGAGGUCUCAGAGUUCACUCCAUCCAAACCCAGAGAGAAGUGGCUCCGCAAGAGGACGCACGUCAAGAUUAGGAACGUGACGGCUAACCACCGCAUGAACGAUGCUGUGUUUCCGGAGGACAGCCCACAGAUGCUGAGUGGGCGCUUCAUGUACGGACCCCUGGACAUGGUCACUCUAGCUGGAGAGAAGGUGGACCUACACAUCAUGACGCAACCUCCUUCUGGAGAGUGGGUGUACUACAGCACUGAGGUGACCAACAGCAGUGGCCGAGUGUCCUUCAACAUUCCAGAUGACAAGCGUCUGGGCAUCGGAGUGUACCCAGUUAAAAUGGUGGUCAGAGGUGACCACACAUUUGCGGACAGCUACUUGACUGUGGUGCCUCGUGGGACAGAGUUUGUGGUGUUCAGUAUCGAUGGCUCAUUUGCAGCCAGUGUGUCCAUCAUGGGCAGUGACCCUAAAGUGCGUGCAGGAGCAGUAGACGUGGUCAGGCACUGGCAGGACAUUGGCUACAUGAUCAUCUAUGUGACAGGCCGUCCCGACAUGCAGAAGCAGAGAGUGGUGGCCUGGCUCUCCCAACACAACUUCCCCCACGGUAUCGUGUCCUUCUGUGAUGGGCUGGUGCACGAUCCACUCAGGCAUAAGGCCAACUUUCUCAAGGCUCUCACUGAGACUCGCAUGAAGAUUAUCGCCGGGUACGGCUCAACCAAAGACAUCUCUGUGUACAGCUCUAUUGGCCUGCCCCCCUCUCACAUCUACAUUGUGGGCCGACCCACCAAGAAGAUGCAGCAGCAGUGUCAGUUCAUCACAGAGGGCUACGCGGCACACCUGUCCCAGCUCGAGUACUCUCACCGCUCAAGGCCGCCCAAGUCCAGCAGCACGCGCAUGGUGCUGAGGAAGAGCAGCUUCGGCCUAGGAGCCAACAGCGAGUUUUUGAGGAAGAGGAAUCACCUACUGCGUACCAUCUCCUCCCAGCCCGCCCCCACCUCCCCCACCGCCAACGUGCACAGCCACAACCGGCCCGAGCGCACGCAGAGCCAGUCAGACAGUGAACGUGGUGCUCACUACGGCCACCAGGGGGCCACACAGCGCAGCAUGAGCAUCACUGCCAGCUGUUGGGGCAGGAGUACAAGCACCAAGGUGGACCCAGGACUCUUCAGCCCCAAAUGAUACUGGGACAGGCUAUGGACCGAGCACCCCAAAGGUCCAGACUGUGGACAUGUGAGAGGUGUGGGGGCCAUCUCCUCUCACACUGUAGGGUCACACGUGGAGGGCCCUCAGAAUCUCACCAUUCAAACUAAUCACUUACCUCAGCACAGAGAGAUAGACCUCACUAUACAGUACUGAUUUUACAAUCCACACACUUUAUGAUACUUGGCUCUUCAAGUAAGAGGAAAAGUCCCUUAUAGGGUUUCCACAAUUUCUCAUUAUUACUAUUAUUAUUGUUGUUAUUAUUAUUAUUAUUAUUAUUAAAUGUAAAUGUGAUUAAUUGAACCGCCAUAGCUGCGCACACAGGUGCUAUGCUGUGACAGACUGUUGAGGCACUGUGCUCUGCCCUGGUGUUCAGUGGGGCAGCGUCUUGACAUGUGAUCAGAGGUGUGGGCUAAAGCACAAUUGUGGAACAUUAGAGUCCUGUCUGUGGAGGUGGACCAUGACAAAUGUGUGAGCCAGUCCAAACUCAAGCUGCUACUUGGAUCUGAACGCACCACUCCAGUUUGGCUUGUCCUGUCUGAAUCUGGACAGAGUCAAACUGGGACAUGACCCUUUAACCCCUAAGGGAGCAUCUGUCCGAGGCACAGCGCACUACAGUGCCCCUGAAGGACCAGUGAGGAGCUAAAAAUAGACAUUUGAAAAAGUCAAUUGCACAACUAUAAAAUGAAUUUUGACAAAGAGACUAAAUGUCUCCGCAGAAUGCAAAGUGCUGAGUGUUGUGGGGAUUGUCCCUCCAGGCCUCCGUAGACCGCUUCCCCAUAACCCUGCUGUUUGUGCCAAAGUAACAGUGUGGAGAGCUGUACAGUUGAGCUGAGGCCUUCAGAGCCUUGUACAUACUGUACAUGUGUACACAGACCAGAGUCAAGUGUCUUCUUAAUCCUCUGCAGGAUGUGCUCUUUGACAAAGUCAUACUAUUUAAGACUAUACUUCUAUUUAAAAGUGUAUUGACUUGGUGAACAAAUAUGUUUUAUUUUUGUCUCUUAAGACAAACCAGGAGAUCUAGUCAAAUGUACUUCAUUUCCUUCCAUUUGUAUCAUGAAACUAUAGGCUUAGGACCACUGUAUGGAACAAUCAUUACUUAUGAUACAUUCACAGACAGUGAUAGUUAUCCAAAUUUAACUUAUUUUAAAUGAACUUUAUGUAGACUUUAUAUAGAUUAGAUGUCCGCUCAUAUUUGCACUGGUAUUUAUCUGAUGGUAAUCUCACCAGAUUAUAAUCUGAACAUGAGUAAAACUUCAUCAUCUGUGGUGGUCCUAUAGCCAGUGUGCAGCCUGGCUCUGCUGUAUGAAUGUGUUUAUAGGGGACUCCAUAAACUUGUGCUGUCUUAUGUCUGACUGUACAGUGUACAGUGUUUUCUAUGUUAAUCACACAGCUGAUGGACCAAUCCACCUGGAGAGUGAGGGCAGACGUGCAAUAUACUCCCCAACGCUGACAAUCACAGCAUACAACACCCAUACUUCUGCUGUACACGCUACUCUAUACAUGCUACUGUACACAGUAGCAAUAUGUCUACUGUACACAUGCUAACUCAUACUGCUACUAUGCUACUUCACACAGGCCAGUACAUUCUUCUACUUUACACAUGCUGCCACAUGCUAACUCAUUCAGAUCAUUCAGAUCUCCAGAUCACAUGUACCUACUUCCUCCCAAACCUCAGUACUACAUGCCCAAAUCACUGCCACUGGGCUUGCAGCUUUUCUCUAGUUUUGAAAGAGAAUAUAACCGGAUAACUGCUUUUCCAAAUUGGUAAAUUGAUUUUUAGCCAGAUUUGGUUUCGAAUGUAAAAUACCCGUUAAGCUCCUGUUCAUUCUGAGGCCUUACUCUCCCUCUGCCUUACACUGGUCUAUGUGAAAAUGCCUCUUCCCCAAACAUGGGGUGGCCAUUUUGGAAAACCUUGUAGACUCUAGAACCCAGAAACUCCUCCUUGCACUGGUGUAUAUGUGGGUGGUAUUGGAUGAGUUCAUUUAUCCAUCUCUUGUAUUUUAUGUACAGUGUAUAAAAACUAUAUAAUACUAAAACAUGUUGGCGUGUUCUUUUUUUUUUUACA